UCAAAGAACAUUUAAAAGAAAGUGAUUUGUUGGGACCAAACUCUCUCCAAUUGUUCUCUAUUAUUCAACAAAUUGGUUUCAACAACAAAAGCAUAACUCCAUAAAGAGUGUCUGUCUGUGUCACUGCCAAAAUCUGAGAGCCACCGAUCGGACAGACACUGUCUGAAAAAUGGUAUCUGCGAACAGAGAGAUGGCUGUUUAUUGCUUUGACACUCUCCUCGCCCACUACAACAGCCAAGAAGUUCCUCCUCCGGCUUUUGAUGAAGCCCAACACCCUCUAUUUGUCACAUGGAAGAAAAUAGUCAAUGGCAGCGAGCCUCGCUUACGUGGAUGCAUUGGAACAUUAGAAGCUCGAUACUUGAUAAAUGGGUUUAAGGACUAUGCUUUGACUAGUGCUUUAAAGGACCGCAGAUUUCCUCCAAUACAGCCUAAAGAAUUACCUUCUUUGGAAUGCACAGUUUCCAUCCUGGCUGAUUAUGAAACUGCUGACAAUUAUCUUGAUUGGGAGAUUGGGAAGCAUGGUUUAAUUAUUGAGUUUACUGAUCCUAAUAAUAAUGCUAGGAGAAGUGCGACAUAUUUGCCUGAAGUAGCUGCCCAUGAAGGUUGGACAAAAUUGGAAGCAAUUGAUUCGCUGAUGCGAAAAGCCGGUUACAGUAGUCUCAUCACCGAAUCACUUCGGAAGUCUAUCCGACUGACUCGUUACCAGAGCACACUUUUUACUUUGACCUACACCGAUUACGCCUCAUAUGUCAAGGCGGCUAGGGGUGCAGCUCCCACUAUUAAUGGGACAAAACCCGUCCACCAUUAAAAUGCAAACAAGCUUUUGCUAAAGAGCCAAAGCUUGUUUGGUUAAUAAUUUAUCAAGAUUCCAGUCAAACUGCAUCAGUAAUUGUUGUACCAGAAACACACCUGAUGGUUUCUGGGCAUUACUUGUACAACUUUGGCUGUACUGCUCAACUCUUUAUUUGUUAAUUUGGAAUUUCAUCCAAAUGUAUGGUGUGUAACUCUUAUGCCUAUUAUCUUAAGGCAAAAUAAAUUAAUAAAGGCAAAAUUCAUAA